AUGUUUUUUGAACUUGACAGCUCUAGCACCUCCGUCGCCGCCCCCACCACCUCCACCAUGCCAAAGAAUCAAACUUUGAUAGCACGCCAGAUAUUCAUCCAUCCAACGCCGUCUUUACCAUCUCCGUCCUCUUUCUCCUCCUUAGACAAGGGUCGCCCACUUCUUCAACGACACGUCCGCUCCAACUCCACCAACUCCUGCCACAGCGGUCGUUUCGCAGAACUAGCAGGCGGGACGACGGCUGAGUGUGCCGCGAUAUGCUGCUGUUGUCCAUGUGUGUUGGUAAACCUUCUAUACCUCACUAUCUGCAAGGUUCCGGCUGGACUUUGCCGCCGGGCUCUGAGGAGGAAGCGUAGGAAUCAGCUGAUCAAGCAAGGUUUGCUGCCGGCCAGGACAAACAGGCGCCAUUGCGGGUUCGAUGAUACAGACAUACUAAUUCAUCAGUCUCCAAGUAUGCAUGAAUUGGUAGAGUUCAGGUCGGAUUCAGAGGCGUCGGACGAGGAGGAAGAAAUGAUGAAGCUAGAGAAGGAGAUGUGGGAGACAUUUUACAAUACUGGGUUUUGGAGAAGUCCUUCUCAAAAAGAAGGUCCUGGUAUGAGAAGUAAUCUCCACAUAGAUUCACUUAUGGCUAAGGUUAAACAACUAUAG